ACGAGGUGGUAAACUUUCUCUUUUCAAGAACAAGUUCUUUAUAGCUGCUAACUGAAGUCAGGGGAGAUCAUAUCUGAGUACAUGAGCAUUUCCACUAUGGGACUGGAUACAAGUAUUGAACAACAAUAUCUGAAAUGUUUUAAUCUCAAACGAAAAUCAUUUUUGCUAACUUUGGUUUUUAAUUUCUUUCAUGUUUUCUUCUGCCAAACUGGAGGAACCUUUUCUGAGUUUUUCUUUAGUGGCAUUCAGAGGAAGACCAGAGGAUGAAAAUCCUGCAUUUUCUCACUUUACUGCUUUGGCAUUUGACUUGGCUGUCUCUGGAUCUAGUUCCUGGAGCGCUGAGUAAUUCUGAAGCAGGCCAGGGUAAUCCAGGAUCUAAACUAGGUUUUUUGAAAGCAGAAGGAAAGGAGAGGAAUCCCUCUGCACGGGCAGGUACAUUGAGGACUGCAAGCCAUGGAUACAGUGCUGGGACCUCAAAGGCCAGGACUAAAAGCAGUGCUGUUCAGGCUGGAGCUCUGCUGGCCAAGAACGAUGACUCAAAGAAGGUUCCCUCAAGAACAGCAGCCACGGAGGGCAAGGUAGGACAUCUCCCCAGCAGACCUUCUGGAGUAAGGACAGUGACUCCAAAGGUUCAAAAUUUUAGCAGCAAGGUGGCUUUGAAAAAAACUGGCACAAGCAGUACUGACAGUGAUUCUUUCAAAACCAAAAAGACUAAAGAGCCUGUAACCCAGAGGGAAGCUAAGGAAACUUUCCGACAUCCCCCGAUAACGCCACAUGAAUACAUGCUCUCUUUGUACAGGACUCUCUCAGAUGCAGAAAGAAAGGGUGUUAAUGGAAGUGUAAAACUGGAGGCUGGACUUGCCAAUACAAUAACCAGCUUUAUAGACAAAGGACAAGAUGAGCGAGCACCAACUAUAAGAAAACAAAAAUAUAUUUUUGACAUCAGUGCAUUAGAAAAAGAUGGUUUGCUGGGAGCAGAGCUUCGAAUAUUGAGAAAAAAACCUUCUGAUACCUGGAAGUCUCAUUCUUCUGGAAAAACUUCCCAAGUAAAAUUAUUUAGUUGCUCUACAAAUAGACAAGCCUCAACACUCUUGGACUCUCGGACUGUCAGCAUCACCGAUACACCCAAGUGGGAAGUGUUUGAUAUCUGGAAACUUUUCAGAAACUUUAAAAACUUGGUUAACUUGUGUUUUGAACUGGAAACUUUUGACAGGGGGAGAGCUGUUGAUCUCAGGAGUGUGGGAUUUAAUAGAACAGGAAGACAGGUCAAUGAAAAGGCUCUGUUCUUGGUGUUUGGGAGGACGAAAAAAAGAGACUUAUUCUUCAAUGAAAUCAAAGCUAGAUCCGGCCAAGAUGACAAAACUGUUUAUGAGUACUUAUUCAACCAGAGGCGGAAGAGAAGAGCUCCUCUAGCAACACGGCAAGGCAAGAGGCCCACCAAGAAUCUGAAGGCGAGGUGUAGCAGAAAAGCCCUCCACGUGAAUUUUAAGGAUAUGGGCUGGGAUGACUGGAUAAUAGCCCCCCUGGAGUAUGAGGCGUAUCACUGCGAAGGGCUCUGUGAAUUCCCCCUGCGGUCCCACCUGGAGCCCACCAACCAUGCAGUUAUCCAGACUUUAAUGAACUCCAUGGACCCUGAGUCCACACCCCCGACUUGCUGUGUCCCAACCCGGCUGAGCCCCAUCAGCAUCCUUUUCAUUGACUCUGCAAACAAUGUGGUCUACAAGCAGUACGAGGACAUGGUGGUGGAGUCCUGUGGCUGCAGGUAGCAGAGCAGCUGCUCACGUGAAUAUGUUAUGAAAGGUAAUUUGACACAUUGGCCAUAACUUCUUCUCAAACAAGGUUAACUAGAUUUCUUACCCCUAGGGCAAGUGUGUUUACAAGGAUGCAGCAAUAAAUCCAGUGUUUCUGUGUCUCUCCAUGGACAUAUUGCAGUAGCAUUUGGAUGCUGUCACACAGCUGGAUUUAAGGCCCUGUGCCGCUGGCAACACAGGACUGACUCUAAGUGAAGUCCAUGACAGAGAAGAUGAUACCUAUACACCUUGAGAUCUCUUGCUUUUAGCCUCGAGGCAGUGGAUAGAGAUGAUAUCAGUGAGCUGUGGAUAUGACCUGUAUGUUCCUUGAACAUUGUUCUUGAGAAUGAAUUUCUAUCUGAUUCCCAUGCGCUUUGUCCAUUCAUAAAUGUGAGAAAAGAGUCCCAAUGUUGACAAGACUUGUUGUGUUCUGGUGCGCCCCCAUCUUGGUGUAAAUAGUUGCACUGUAAUAUGAUUUCCUUCUGAUUAGCUCUUGAAACUAUGCAUAUAUAAAAAGGGGUCAUUAAAUAUAAUAUGUUGGCUUAGUUUUAAGUGUUACAUAAAGAUAGGUGAUGCAGGAGGUAUUUGUUUCCAUGUAUGUUUUCCUCCAAGCUACACAUCUUUCUUAAGUAUCCACCUUUCCAUUAUUAUGUAGCAAAAUAUAUUAUUCUGUAUAAGGUCCAAGUUGUUCUCAAAUGCUCAUAGUAAAAGUGUUCAAUUAUGGCAUAAGAUGUAAUAAAUUAUUGACAUAGUGCUGCAUUGUGCCUAGCUGUCCAACUCUGCAUAAUUAUAACACAAUUAAGAAAUUGUUUUUGUACAAUAAAUACAAGUGAAAGGGACUUUUCCAUGCAGCAGAAUACCAGGGGUAUGCAAAACAUGUCUGUGUAUUUUGCUGCCACAGAGAGAAACUGUGGAAACAUUGAAAGAAAGAUCUGAAAGGAAGGCCUGGUUUGAUCUAGUGGGGAAUGACACUAUGACUUCAUGUGUUUGGGGCAAAAAUGAGUUAUGCAGAUGGUUGCAAAAGAGCUUUGGUAUCCAUUUAUUCCAGCCUCCAAGGGCUGUGUGCUUUUAUAUCCCCUUUAUCUGUUACAGACAUGGAUUAUAUAUGGGAUUGCCCCUGUAUGUUUCCACCCCCAAAAUAGGUACCAAAUAUUCAGCUACAGAUGGAUCAGAAAGGUCCUAUGAAC